AUGGCCGAAAAAUCUCACUGCCUAUACUGCUUUGACGUCCUCGCUUCAUCGUACUCUAAGAAAAGGCCUCUCACACUCUCUGAAGUGGAAACAGCCUACCAUGACCUCGAAACACAUAACUCAUCACUCCCAAAUGGUAACAGCAAUAGCAGUAGCACAAAUGGAGUGGUAACUAACGGUGUCUCCAUCAACGGACACGUCUCAUCUACAAAUGGAGUAUCACAUCCGGAACGGCCGUUAUUCGUUACGUGGAAUGUGGUAAGGUCUAGAGGGAAACAGCUGCGGGGUUGUAUUGGGACUUUUGAGCCGCAGAAGUUGGAUGAGGGGCUGGCUUCGUAUGCUCUGACCUCAGCAUUUGACGAUACCAGGUUUAACCCGAUAGACGCGAAGGAACUAUCGUCAUUGGAAUGCGGCGUCUCGAUCCUAACCGAUUUCGAACCAGCCUCAAGCCCAUUCGACUGGACCUUAGGCACUCAUGGCCUUCGAAUAUCAUUUACGUACCACGGCCGUCGUCAUGGCGCUACCUAUCUCCCCGAUGUCCCGGUAGAACAAGGUUGGACACAAGAAGAGACUUUGGUCUCGCUGAUGAGGAAAGCUGGGUGGGGUGGAAAGUCUUCGGAAUGGCAAAAGGUGAAUUUGCAAGUGACGAGGUACAAGGGGACUAAGUCGAGUGCAUCGUAUGAGGAAUACAAAGAGUUUAAGGAAUUCAUAGAAGAGCUGAGGGGGAGUGAAAAGGAAUGA